GAGCCCAACCACUCCACCGUCUUCCCCAUUUCCCCUAUCCAGAUCCACACCAACGAAACCCAGCGAGCAGAGCACCAUCCACCAUGGCAUCACCGCCACGCCGCCGCACCUCGCUCCCGUACGAGCUCGUCGAGGAGAUCCUCCUCCGCCUCCCUCCCGACGACCCAGCCUGCCUCCUCCGCCUCUCCUUCGCCUGCAAGGCCUGGGGCCGCGCCGUCUCCCAGCCCGACUUCCGCCGCCGCUUCAUCAAGGCGCAUCAGCAUCGGCCACCGCCCUUGAUCGGCUUCCUCCACAACUGGGAGGACGAGCGCGUCCCCCGCUUCCUCUCCACCACCGCCUCGCCCUUCUCCCUCCCCGCCCCGGACCGCGCCUCCUGGCUCGCCCUCGACUGCCGCCACGGCCGCGCCCUCUUCCUCUCAGAGGGAUCUGGUGCUCAGCAACUCCUUGUGUGGGAUCUAAGCACGGGCAUCCGGCGGCGCAUACCAGUGCCCCCGCUGCACAGCAGCUACGUGUCCCCGACCGCGGCCGUGCUCUGCCCAGCGGACGGGUGCGACCACCGCGACUGCAACGGGGGCCCCUUCCGCGUGGUCUUCGUCUUCACCGUGUACCGACUUCAGAUCAUGUAUGCUGGUCUCACGUCGGUGUGCGUCUACUCGUCAGAGACUGGCACCUGGUCCGGUGCACUGAAGAAGAUUAGUCACAGAUCCGACGCAUUGAAGUUCACAUGUCAUUCCAGCCUGCUCCUUGGGAGGUCUCUGCUCUACUUCAUGUCCGACCGUGGGUUCAUCCUAGAGUAUGACUUGACCAGCAACGUCCUAACUGGGUUCGAGACGCCGGAGGUGAACUUUGACCCGAUAUUUAACCUCAUGGUGGCGGAAGAUGGUGGAAUAGGAGUUAGCGAAGGCUUCAGUUCCCAUCUCAAAUUGUGGUCAAGGGAGGAGAGUGAUGCACAAUGGGUAAUUAGCCGGGUCAUCGACCUGCAAAAUUUGCUCCCACCUGCUGCUCUCGUGGAUGCAGAGGCUGAAGUGAUGGUAUUGGGAUUUGCCGAGGGAGUGAAUGUCAUUUUCGUUAACACGGUGGCUGGCCUCUUCACAAUCGAGCUACAGUCGGAGCGGGUGAAGAAGGUGUGUGAUAAUCAUGGCUUCUGUAAUUUGAUUCCAGUUGUCAGCUUCUGCACUCCUGUGGACCGUCUCAAAUACCAGGACCUGCUGCCGUCAAUCCCUAGUGAGGAUGUAGGUAAUGAGGAGGGGGGAGAGGAGGAGAAAACAGUAGAUGAGGCACAACAGCUACUUGACAAGGGGUCCAAUACUAUCAAGGAGGGGGGAGAGGAGGAGAAAACAGUAGAUGAGGCACAGCAGCUCCUUGACAAGGGGUCCAAUACUAUCAAGGAAGGUGGCUUUGUCGACGCCGUUGAAUGUGUCAGCCAUGACCUCAAUGUCAGUGAACAGAGCCAGGUGAAUGAUUCUUUGGAUGAUGUUUCCAGGAGUGCAUCAAAUGAAGAAUCGGUGAAGGACACAGCCAGCGAAGAUGAUGCUAAGGACUCAAAGACCUCUGGUAGCAAUGGUGAGGAUGCUGCUCCAUCUUUGGAGAAAGGCGAUUCUUAAGAAGUGCUACGCUGAUGGUCAGGCGGGAUGUUUCAUCAGUCAUCAGCGCCUUGAGUAUGAUCCUUUUCUUCUCCGCAAUUGGGAAACACUUUUGUCAUGGUAUUAAAGUUUAGAUUCCAGACUAAAUGUAGACAAGAAUUAAGGCACCAAAUGUGGAGGCUUUGGCACCCCGAAGAAGUGAAAUAGUGAAUGAUGUUCAAGAGCUGGUCUGAAGGAUAGUGUCGCAACUAGGAUUCUAUGAUGCAAAUUGGUUGCCGAGUGGGGAUCAGGGUCAAUGAUGCCUAAUGCCUAACAUUGAAUGGUUUAGGGUCUGUUUGUUGUUCUGUACAACGGCGUAUCUAUCAUGUGAGGAUCAUUUCAUCUUUAUGAAAUAGGAUAAGCAUCAUCGACUCUUUCUUUCCUUGUCUGUGUGAAUCUGUUUUUGAUACU